AUGGAUGAUCAGGAAUUGAUUGAAGUGUCUAAGAGUGGAGAUAUAGAUGCUCUGUAUGCAUCACUUGGCAAACGUCCAACUAUUCUUGAUGAAAUUAAUAGUAUUCGAUUCAUUAAUACUCCAUUACACUGGGCUGUAAUAGCUGGUCAUACCUCUUUUGCUAUAGAGAUUGCAAAUCUGAUGCCUUCAUUCACUAUGAAGCUUAACCCUGACGGAUUAUGUCCUCUACACUUGGCUUCAGCAAAUGGGAAUCUAGAGAUUGUGAAGGAACUCUUGAAAGUUGAAAAUGAUCUUUGUAAUCUCAAAGGUAGAGAAAGAAGAACUCCUCUUCAUUGUGCAGCGAUUGCUGGACACAUCAAUGUGUUGAAAGAAUUGCUCUCCACUUGCCCCUUUUGUAUCACACAUCUAACUCUUAAGAGGGAAACUGCACUUCAUCUGGCUUUGAAGAAUGAUCAAGUUGAAGUCUUCAAAACAUUGGUGAAUUUGCUUCGAUAUCAUUGGCAGCAUGACCUUCUAAGCGACCAAGACCACGAAGGCAACACUGUCUUGCAUCUUGCAAUUUUAAGAGGACAUCAUCAUGAGGUGGUCGAGUUCUUGCUACAUCAUUGCAACCUUCUUGUUAAAAAUGCUGUGCAGGUCAAUGUAAAGAACAAAGAUGGGUUGACAGCCUUGGAUAUCUUAUUGGACCAAAAGGUACGGAACUUUGAAAGAGCAGAAAGGAUUCUUCGCGGAGUUGGAGCCAAACGUGCCCGUGAUAUUAUUGCAAAGAAGCUUAACUCUGACGGAUUAUGUCCUCUACACUUGGCUUCAACAAACGGGAAUCUAGAGAUUGUGAAGGAACUCUUGAAAGUUGACAAUGAUCUUUGUAAUCUCAAAGGUAGAGAAAGAAGAACUCCUCUUCAUUGUGCGGCCAUUGCUGGACACAUCAAUGUGUUGAAAGAAUUGCUCUCCAAUUCCCCCUUUUGUAUCACACAUCUAACUCUUAAGAGUGAGACUGCACUUCAUCUGGCUUUGAAGCAUGAUCAAGUUGAAGUCUUCAAAACAUUGGUGAAUUUGCUUCGAUAUCAUUGGCAGUAUGACCUUCUAAGCGACCAAGACCACGAAGGCAACACUGUCUUGCAUCUUGCAAAUUUAAGAGGACAUCAUGAGGUGGUCGAGCUGUUGCUACAUCAUAGCAACCUUCUUGUUAAAAAUGUUGUGCAGGUCAAUGUAAAGAACAAAGAUGGGUUGACAGCCUUGGAUAUCUUAUUGGACCUAAAGGUACGGAACUUUGAAAGAGUAGAAAGGAUGCUUCGUGGAGUUGGAGCCAAACGUGCCUGUGAUAUUAUUGCGUAUUUUCAUGAAUUGGUUGAAGUGGCUCGGAAUGGAGAUAUAGAUGCUCUGUAUGCAUUACUUGGCAAACGUCCAACUAUCCUUGAUGAAAUUGAUCGUAUUGAAUUCAAUAAUACUCCAUUACAUUGGGCUGUAUUAGGUGAUCAAAUCUCUUUUGUGGUAGAAAUUGCAAAUCUGAAGCCUUCAUUCACCAGGAAGCUAAACCAAGAUGGAUAUAGUCCUCUGCACUUGGCUUCAAUGAAUGGGAAUGUAGAGAUUGUGAAGGAACUCAUAGUUGUUGACCAAAAUCUUCGUAAACUCAAGGGUAGAGAAGGAAGAAUUCCUCUUCAUUGCGCGAUUAUCAAUGGACACAUCAAUGUUUCUAAAAUAUUGCUCUUAUGGAACCUCAAAAGUAUCGAGGAUCUAACUCAAAAGAAAGAGACUGCAUUUCAUCUGGCCUUGAAAUAUGAUCAAGUUGAAGUCUUUAAGGCAUUGGUGAAUUGGAUUUACGGAAUAGGUUGUCUCAUCUACCAUCACCUUCUAAGCUGCCAAGAUCAGGAUGGCAACACUGUCUUUCAUCUUGCAAUUAUAAGAGGACAUCAUAAGGUGGUUGAAAUGCUAUUGGUAAAGCAGAGGAACAUUUUUAUUAGAAAUGUUGUGCAGGUGAAUAUAAAGAACAAUCACGAGUUGACAGCCUUGGAUCUCUUACGAUUAUCAGAAUUCCCAGCAAAUAGGGGAGGAAUUAGGGAUGAGCAGCAGGAGAAAAGAUCAUCAGUAGAAAGGAUCCUUGGUGAAGCCCAAGACAAUGAGCGUAAACUAAGGAUUGGUUCAGGGAUAUUCCGGUUUGUGAAUAAUAUUGCGGCACUAUUGGUUAGAUACUUCGUUUUGGAUUCAAGACAUCCAAUUGAAGCAAGAAAUGAUCUACUUGUAGUAGCUGUUUUGGUUGUAACAGCGACUUACCAGACAGUAAUUACACCUCCCGGUGGUUUAUGGCAGGAUGAUACGACAGACGACCAAGAUCAUCUUACACCAACACACCAUGCUGGAGAUGCGAUUCUCGCAACUAAUUCUCCGUUUGUGUUCUUCAUAAUUAUAUUAUCAAACUAUAUUGGUUUCGUUUUAUCUUGCGUACUACUUUCUCGACUCGCACCAGGAUACCCUUACCGUUUGCCACUUCUAAUAGCACUACUGUUUAUGUGGUUUACUUGUACAAUGUCGACUUCAAACAUUCUUUGGGGUUUGAUGCCAUUAUUGGCAUGUCUUCCAUUUCUCGUGAUUAUACUGACCAUUGUGGUUAUGAUUUUGAUUCGUAAGUAUGGCGUCCCCGGGAGUUUUUAG